UGUGUCGGUGACAUUGAAUGGGGAGACCGAGCGCGAGCGAGGCGCGCGCGCGCACACACGCGCACACCCGGCCCCGCUCGCUCCGAGAUCCCCGGCCACGUAAGUAACUAUUAAUACCGCCUCGCCGGGAGAUGCGGGCGUGCUGAGCUCGGGGAUUGGCCUCGGGCACCGUCGGCCGUCCCCUUCAAUUUUAAAUACACAUUCCUCUUACCUCCGAGGGGGGAAGAAACAAAUAAAAGAAGAAGAAAAGCCCUCAAUUUCCUCCAAAACCUACCCGGCCAGGCAGUCGGGUGUAGGGUAGGGGGAGACCGAGUGGUUGCAAAUUUUUCCGAGGCAAGAUCCAGGUACCCAGCGGGAAAGGAGCGCGGCGAGUGAGCAGGGCUGGGGGCGCAUCCCCUACCAGCGCCCGGAGGAUCCCUGGACGCUCGGGCUGGGGAAAUCGGAGAGCACUGAUCUGCCCCGGUCCCUGCCCGCACUUCUCCCAGUAUUCGGAGGACGACCAGGAGCGCGAGCGAGCGGCUGGCGACAGCAUGAGCCUGUGCUGACCUCCGCCCGGCCCGCCGAGCCCUGGGCUUUGUCGCGGUACCUGCGCAUGGCCCGCGCCACUACUCUGCACCCAGCUUUUGCAAUCUUUUGUUGGCAGCGUUGACCGCUCUAAGUUAAAUGCUCCCUUGCUAUUUUUUUGUCUGUUUGUUUAAUUUUGGGAGAGCUCUUGCGAUCUUGGAAAAGCCUCAGACGCCAUCUACAGUUAAAUCGUAGGUAACUACCCUCUCCGGCACCCCCCCUUCCACGCCCCCCACCCUUUCCACCAAAAAAGGGGGUGCAGCGCGGAUUCCGUCUGCCGAGCGGCGCGAGCCGGUAGACCCGUGCUGAUUUCCUUUUUCUUUUUGUUGGGUUUCUAACGCGCGGAGAGCAAUCCGCAGCCGUGCGCUCGGCGAAGAUUGCACCAACUAGAGCAGGGCUCCACCGCCUCGUCUGCGAGUCGGAAGCCUGCGUGGGGAUUGCUCCGGGGGACCCGGCGCUGCAGCUCCCACCUUAGCAAUCCAGUUCCUCGUCUACAUCCACGUUGGGAAGAGAGGGAGAGAGAGAAACUAAAAGUGCGGAGAUUGUGCAUAUCGCUGGCUGCUUUGGGGUAACAAAAGGACCCGAGCUGCUGCCGACCGAGUGCCCCUGGGAGCCGGGCUCGGAGCAGACCAGGUGCCCCGCGGCGCCCUUUGGGGGGUUCUAACUCUUUCUCUACGUAGCCCUCUUCUCGUUCCUUCCCCUCGCGUCCCCUUUUAAAAUCCGUGGCACGGAGGCGCCUGCAGCCGCACUCGCCAGCGACUCAUCCCUCCAGAGGGUUUUUUUUGUUUGUCGUGUGCGAUCCCACACUCAUGAACAUACACAGGUCUACCCCCAUCACAAUUGCAAGAUAUGGGAGAUCGCGGAACAAAACCCAGGAUUUCGAAGAGUUGUCGUCUAUAAGGUCCGCGGAGCCCAGCCAGAGUUUCAGCCCGAACCUCGGCUCCCCGAGCCCGCCGGAGACUCCGAACUUGUCGCAUUGCGUUUCUUGCAUCGGGAAAUACUUAUUGUUGGAACCUCUGGAGGGAGACCACGUUUUUCGUGCAGUGCAUCUGCACAGUGGAGAGGAGCUGGUGUGCAAGGUGUUUGAUAUCAGCUGCUACCAGGAGUCCCUGGCCCCGUGUUUUUGCCUGUCUGCCCACAGCAACAUCAACCAAAUCACCGAAAUUAUCCUGGGGGAGACCAAAGCCUAUGUGUUCUUCGAGCGAAGCUAUGGGGACAUGCAUUCCUUUGUCCGCACCUGCAAGAAGCUGAGGGAGGAGGAGGCAGCUAGACUGUUCUACCAGAUCGCGUCGGCUGUGGCCCACUGUCAUGACGGGGGGCUGGUGCUGCGUGAUCUCAAGCUGCGGAAGUUCAUCUUUAAGGACGAAGAAAGGACUCGGGUCAAGCUGGAAAGCCUGGAAGACGCCUACAUUCUGCGGGGAGACGAUGACUCCCUCUCUGACAAGCACGGCUGCCCUGCUUACGUGAGCCCGGAGAUCUUGAACACCAGUGGCAGCUACUCGGGCAAAGCAGCCGACGUGUGGAGCCUGGGAGUGAUGCUUUACACCAUGUUGGUCGGGCGGUACCCUUUCCAUGACAUUGAGCCCAGUUCCCUCUUCAGCAAGAUCCGGCGUGGCCAGUUCAACAUUCCAGAGACUCUGUCACCCAAGGCCAAGUGCCUCAUCCGAAGUAUCCUGCGGAGGGAGCCCUCCGAGCGGCUGACCUCGCAGGAAAUUCUGGACCAUCCUUGGUUUUCUACAGAUUUUAGCGUCUCGAAUUCAGGAUACGGUGCUAAGGAAGUGUCUGAUCAGCUGGUGCCGGACGUCAACAUGGAAGAGAACUUGGACCCUUUCUUUAACUGAGCUCACACCCCACAGAGACUGAGCAGGUACCAGGAGUGAGAGAGGGCAGCAGAAAGGAGUUCUUCCAGGGAACACGUGUCACCUGGCUUGGUAGCGAGAAAGACACUGACAGUCACAAGUUUCUUGGUUCAAAGAAGGAAAACCUUCAAGGAGCGGACUGAACAUGUAGCAUGGGGGCAAGAGAUGCGGGGUGGGGGUCGGGCUCUGGGGUCAGGUCAGAUGGGUGGGAGCCCCCUGGAGCCUCUUUUCCCUGAUGUAGCCCCAGAGACCACCCCUGUCAGUUGGGCCACUUCCGCCUACCCCACUUUUCAAUUUUUUUCAAAAAUAGUUGUAGAUCCUGACAGAAUUGAAACUCUCUGCCUCAAACACACAUCUUGGCAUCGCACUGUUAGAAUUUAACUUCUUGUCAUGAUUCAGGGAAGGUACAAUUGGCCAAGGGUUUUUUUUUUUUUUUUGGUUGUUUUUUUUUCUUCUUCUUCUUUUUAAACAAGCCAACCACCUAUCUGAUAAUUAAUGGGGUUCAUUUAAAAAAAUUCGGUGCACACAGACUGACACGAAACCUGGGUGCUAAACUAAAA